AUGAGGUUCCAAACUUCACGUGAGAACCAGGAAGUGGUGGGUAAAAAAUUACCUACCUGAGGCUUGCCUUAAAGACCGUAAAAAAAUUUGCCUACCUGGAAUUGCAGGUCUUGGGUGAGGUUUGAGGUAUAAGAGAAAAAAAUCAAUAAUUUAACAUGAGAAAUUUAGUUUACUUCCAAUUGUUUUGCGAAAAGCGGAUGAGAUAAUAAAUGAUAAUUUUUAGCGCAACAAAAAACCGAUUUUCAAAAUUUCAACUAGAAAAAAAUUCACUGUCUUGACUUGAGAAUAUUAUUUUCUAAAAUUUUCAUUCUGGAAUAAUUCGCUGUUUCAAGAAUUUCUCAAAAUUUUUGUAGGAUUUUUUGAAACUCGAUCGAAAAUUGAAUUCCUCUUAUAAAAAUUUGCCACGUGGAUUUUUUCCUGAAUUUUUGAAGCUGAAAAUCUGAUUUUAAGACGUGGAAUUUUUUGACUUAAAAAUAUUUUUUCUAGAAUUUUCGUUCUGAAAAAAUUCACUGUUUCAAGAAUUUCUCAAAAGUUUUAUCGUUUUUUUUGAAAUUCGAUGUAUUUCUUCCUAAUCAUUAAAAAAAAUGCCACGUGGAUAUUUUCUAGAACUUUUAUGACGAUGAAAAUCUGAUUUUGCCACGUGGAAUUUAUAAGUGCAAAAAAAACCGAUUUUCAAAAUUUCAAAUAGAAAAAAAAUUCACUGUUUCAAGGAUUUCUCAAAUUUUCUGUUGGUUUUUUUGAAACUCGAUCGACAAUUGAAUUCCUCUUUUAAAAAUUUGCCACGUGGAUUUUUCCUAAAUUUUUGAAGCUGAAAAUCUGAUUUUAAGACGUGGAAUUUUUGACUUAAAAAUAUUUUUUCUAGAAUUUUCGUUCUGAAAAAAUUCACUGUUUCAAGGAUUUUUUAAAGUUUUUGAUGGUUUUUUUGAAAUUCGAUCGAUACUUUCUAGUAUUUUUAUGACGAUGAAAAUCUGAUUUUGAAACGUGGAAUUUUUUUCAAAUUUCAAAAUUUCAACAAGAAAAAAAAUUCACUGUUUCAAGGAUUUUUCAAAAGUUUUUUGAUGGUUUUUUUGAAAUUCGAUCGAUUUUUUCUAGUAUUCGUAUGACGAUGAAAAUCUGAUUUUGAAACGUGGAAUUUUUUCAAAUUUCAAAAAUUCAACAAGAAAAAAACUCACUGUUUCAAGGAUUUUUCAAAGUUUUUGAUGGUUUUUUUGAAAUUCGAUCAAACUUCUCUAGUAAUCGUAUGACGAUAAAAAUCUGAUUUUGAAACGUGGAAUUUUUUUCAAAUUUCAAAAUUUCAACAAGAAAAAAAAUUCACUGUUUCAAGGAUUUUUCAAAGUUUUUGAUGGUUUUUUUGAAAUUCGAUCGAAUUUCUCUAGUAAUCGUAUGACGAUGAAAAUCUGAUUUUGCCACGUGGAUUUUUUUUUCAAAUUUCAAAAAAUUCAACAAGAAAAAAAUUCACUGUUUCAAGGAUUUUUCAAAGUUUUUGAUGGUUUUUUUUAUGGUUUUUUGAUCGAAUUUCUCUAGUAUUCGUAUGACGAUGAAAAUCUGAUUUUGAAACGUGGAAUUUUUAUUCAAAUUUCAAAAUUUCAACUAGAAAAAAAUUCACUGUUUCAAGGAUUUUUCAAAGUUUUUGAUGGUUUUUUUGAAAUUCGAUCAAACUUCUCUAGUAAUCGUAUGACGAUAAAAAUCUGAUUUUGAAACGUGGAAUUUUUAUUCAAAUUUCAAAAUUUCAACUAGAAAAAAAUUCACUGUUUCAAGGAUUUUUCAAAGUUUUUGAUGGUUUUUUUGAAAUUCGAUCAAACUUCUCUAGUAAUCGUAUGACGAUGAAAAUCUGAUUUUGCCACGUGGAAUUUUUUUUCAAAUUUCAAAAAAUUCAACAAGAAAAAAAAUUCACUGUUUCAAGGAUUUUUCAAAGUUUUUGAUGGUUUUUUUUAUGGUUUUUUGAUCGAAUUUCUCUAGUAUUCGUAUGACGAUGAAAAUCUGAUUUUGAAACGUGGAAUUUUUUUUCAAAUUUCAAAAAUUCAACAAGAAAAAAAAAUCACUGUUUCAAGGAUAUUUUCCACAGUACUUUUGGAUUACUGUAGUAACAUCAAACAUCCCUAUUUUUUGCAGUUCUCCGGAAAUUCGGAUGCUCUCAGCAGUCUCAUCGAAGCCUACGAUGCCUCAUUUACAGUAUGCCGUGAUGUCGGAGAAACUGGACCCGAAAGAAUGGCCCCGCCAAAAGUGGCCGAAUACAUUCAAAAAGCAUUCACCGGUGGAAAUAUUCAAGUGUCAAUCAUCGAUGAUCAAAACAUCAUCGAAAAAGAUUUCCCAUUGAUGGCGGCUGUGAAUCGAGCUGCAAACACUGUGAAGGAACAUCAGGCGCGAUUGAUAAAAUUGGAAUAUUUGGGCGAAGGCGAAACGCAAGACACGUUCUUUGUUGUUGGCAAAGGUGUGACGAUUGAUACGGGUGGUUGUGAUUUGAAAACUGGUGGACAUAUGUUUGGAAUGUGUAGAGAUAAAUAUGGAUCGGCUGUUGUUGGUGGUUUCUUCAAGGCGUUGGAUGUUUUGAAACCCAAGAAUGUUAAGGUUGGUUGGGUUUUUGAGUGGGAAAUUUGGGAAUUUUUUUCAAAAAUAACAAAAUUUUAUACUAGAAUUACAGAAAAUCCCCCGAAAAACACUUUCAGAUAAAUUUGGGUUUGAAAAAAUCUGUAAUUCUCUGAAAUUUGACCCAAAAUUACUAGAAAAUCAAAUUUUGUAGUCUAAAAAAAUUCACUGUUUCAAACAUUUUUAAUGAACUUUUUGCUGAUUUUUAAAAAUAGUCCGAUAACUUGAAAUAUUUUGAAAUUCGACCAAAAUUUACUAGAAAUUUAAAUUUUGUAGUCUAGAAAAAUUCACUGUUUCAAAAAAGUUUAUUAUAAAUUUUGGAUAUUUUUUUCAUAAUAUCAAUAUUGCUUUAGCUUUUAUCAGAAUUUUCUCAUAAAUUUUUCCGCGAGUUUGAACUGAAAAUUUGAAAAAUUCGCGCUUUUUUGGGUCUCGAAACAAAUUUUGAAAAAUUCUACUCUAGAAAUUUGGAUUUCAUGAAAGUCUGUGAAAAUUUUUUCAAAGAAAAAUUGAAUAAAAAACUUCGCUGUUUCAAUAAUUUUGUAAAUUUACUGAAUUUUAUUUGGAAACUGAUUAAUUUUGUAAUGAUUUUCCAUCAAUUUUUUCAAAACCCAAAAAAGAUUCUAAUUUGUUGCCCAGCCCGAAAAUAACGAAAUUCUACUCUAGAAACUUGGAUCUCAAAAAAAUCUAUUGGAAAAAAAUUCACUGUUUCAAAAAAUUUUAAUGAAUUUUUUGCUAUUUUUUAAAAAUGGUUCGAGUUCGAUGCGAACGAGAUUAUUUGCAAAAAACAUCUGAUAACUUGAAAUCUCCUCAAAUUUGACCAAAAAUUUCUGGAAAAUCAUAUUUUUUUUGUCUAGAAAAAUUCACUGUUUCAAAAAAGUUGUAUAGAUUUUGAGUAUUUUUGUAAUGAUAUUGUGAUGUAGUUUGUAGUUUUUCCGAACUUUGAUCAGAAUUUUUUCGUAAUUUGGAAACUUGAAAUUUCGUUGAAAAUUGCUCAAUAACAUCAGAACAUUUUAAUUUUUCGUUAAAAAUUUUUUUAAUUGCCAUUUCUGGUCUGGGAUCUUGAAAAGCAUGAAUUUCCCAUUGAAAAUUUGAAAAAUUCACAAAAUUCUACUCUAGAAACUUGGAUUUCAAGAAAAUCUAUUUGAAAAAAAUUCACUGUUUCAAACAUUUUAAUAUAUUUUGCUUAUUUUACAAAACUGCUCUGUGCUAUUUCGAAAACAGAAAAAUAAAAUUCAACGUUUUCUAUGAAAAAAAAUGAAUAAAACUUCACUGUUUCAGGAAUUUCAUAAAUUUACUGAAUUUUGUUUUGAAACUGAUCCGGAUUCUGUAAUUUUAUCCAAAAUUUCUAGAAAAUGAAAUUGUUUUUGAUCUAGAAAAAUUCACUGUUUCAAACAUUUUUAAUGAACUUUUUGCUGAUUUUUAAAAAUGGUCCGAUUUCGGCGCGAACCAAAUAAUUUGCAAAAAACAUCUGAUAACUUGAAAUUUUUUGAAAUUUGACCAGAAAAUUUAUUGAAAAUCAAAUGUUUUUGGUCUAGAAAAAUUCACUGUUUCAAAAAAGUUUAUUAUAAAUUUUGAAUGUUUUUGUCAUAAUAUUGCGAUGUAGUUAUGCAGUUUCUCGGAAAAUUGAUCAGAAACUUUUUUCAAAAAAUUUUGCGGGAUUUCAAAUUGAAAAUUUGAAUCAUUGUUUUUUUCGGUCUGGAAACUUGACAUUCCGUUGAAAUUUGCUCAAUUACAUAAGAAAAUUUUAAUUAAUCGUUAAAAAUUUCAUUAAGUUGCCAUUUCUGGUCUGGGAUCUUGAAAAGCAUCAAUUUCCAUUUGAAAUUUUGAAAAAUUACAAAAUUCUACUCUAGAAACAUGGAUUUCAAGAAAAUCUAUUUGAAAAAAAUUAACUGUUUCAAACAUUUUUUAACAUUUUUUGCUUAUUUUACCUGCUCUGUGUUUAUCAGGAAGAAACAAAAAAAUUCAACUUUUUCUAUGAAAAAAAAAUGAUUAAAACUUCACUGUUUCAAAAUUUUUUUGAAUUUACUGAAUUUCAUUUUGAAACUGAUUCCGAUAGAAAUGAUUUUUAAUCAAAAUUUUAAAACCAAAUAUUUCUAGGCCAUCGGUUACAUGUGUAUGGUUCGUAAUUCAAUCGGAGCUCGUGCUUACACUUGUGAUGAAGUUAUCACUGCCAGAAGUGGAAAACGUAUUCAUAUCUAUAACACUGAUGCCGAAGGUCGUUUAACAAUGUUGGAUCCCUUGACUUUGGCCAAAGAAGAAGCGUUGAAGGCUGUCAAUCCACAUCUUUUCACAUUGGCAACAUUGACUGGACACGAGGUUUUGUCGUAUGGUUAUCAUGCUGCUAUUAUGGAUAAUGGUGAGUUUUGGGGUUUUGGGGGGAAAAUUUUGGAAAAUUAUGAUUUUUCUGGGCAUAAAUUCAGAAAAUUGGAGUUUUUGUGCUCUAAAACAUCAACAAAAUUUUUUUCUAUUAAAAAAUCUCACUGUUUCAAAAAAUUAAUGAAAUUCAACCCAAUAUCCAAUUUUUCAUUAAUUUUUUUCCCUUGUAGGAUUUUUGAAACAGUGAAUUUCAAUUUUUUGAAAAAUUGUUCAAAUUUUCUACCCGUGCUUGAAGCUUCAAACGUGAUUUUUUACCUAUAAAUUUGGUUUGGAAAAUUGAAUUUUAUGAUUCUUCAAGUUUUUGUACCCUCCAAAAAUUAGCCUAAAUUCUCAGAAAUCUGAAAAUCGAGUUAUUUUCAGCCACAAAAUUCAGAAAAUUGGAGUUUUUGUGCUCUAAAACAUCAAAAAAAAAACAUUUUUUCUAUCAAAAAAUCUCACUGUUUCAAAAAAUUAAUGAAAUUCAACCCAAUAUCCAAUUUUUCAUUCAGUUUUCUCCUACACAAUUUUUGAAACAGUGAAUUUUAUGAUUUUUCAAGCUUUUGUUCUCCCAAAAAUUAGCCUAAAUUCUCAAAAAUCUGAAAAUCGAGUUAUUUUCAGCCCCAAAAAUUCAGGAAAUUGGAGUUUUUGUGAUCUAAAACAUCAACAAAAUUUUUUUUUAUUAAAAAAAUCUCACUGUUUCAAAAAAUUAAUGAAUUUUAACCCAAUAUCCAAUUUUUCAUUCAGUUAUCUCCUACACAAUUUUUGAAAUAGUGAAUUUUAAUUUUUGAAAAAUUGUUCAAAUUUUCUACCCGUGCUUGAAGCUUGAAACAUUAUUUUUUACUUCUAAAUUUGGUUUGAAAAAUCGAAUUUUAUGAUUUUUCAAAUUUUUGUACCCCUCCAAAAAUUAGCCUGAUCAUACAUAAAAUAGGUCCCCCGAGUCAGUUUUCAAAGUUAGGGUCCCUCCUUGAAAAUUUUCCAAAGUUAAACACCUUCCUCACAUUUUUGAGCGAAUUUUGGACAAAUCUUGGAAUUUCGGUAAAUUUUCAACAGAAAAUUGGCCAAGUUAAGCACCCUUCCGUUCAGAUUUUUGAAAAAAGUUAAGCCCCUCACCCCGAUUCUGGGGACCCAUUUUAUGUAUGAGCCUGAUUCUCAGAAAUCUGAAAAUCGAGUUAUUUUCAGCCCCAAAAUUCAGAAAAAAUCCAAAUUUUCUUGUCAAAAUUUAGAAAUUGCCUGAAAUUGAAUUUGGUCCGAAAAAAUGAUUUUUUGUCCUAAUUUUCUAUCAAAAAUCUCACUGUUUCAAAAAAUUAAUGAAUUUUAACCCACUAUCCAAUUUUUCAUUAAGGUUUUUUUACACACAUGUUUGAAAAAGAAGAAAGUUGUGCAAUUUUCAUCGCGCAGCCUACAAAAACGGUGCAACGCCUAGCGGUUGAACGACCCCCGAUUAUUGAAAAACAAAAAACAUAGCGAAAAUCAGCGUAUCGAGAUCUGUGCGAAUGACUUUAUUUGGAAUUUUUAGGGGUCCUGGGAAGAAAGUUAGCCUCCGCUGCGAGACCAAUCGAAAUUAAAAACACAUGCACCUUUGAUACCGUACCUCUUUUUUUCAAAAUGAAAAAUAAAGAGCGCGGCAAACGAGAGAGUGCGAGAGAUGUGUGAGAACAAAAUGUGUGCAAACACCAUUCUGCAAACACCGUUGUCACUGCUUACCAUGACUCUUUAUUGCAUGGGAAAAACGUGUGUGCCUACAGGAUAUUUGAAACACUGAAUUUUAAUUUUUGAAAAAUUGUUCAAAUUUUUUAAGCCUAAAUUCUCAAAAAAAAAUUCACGUUUUCUUGUCAAAUUUCAGAGUUAGCCUGAAAUUAAAUUUGGUCGAAAAAAAUAAUUUUUUGUCCUAAUUUUCUAUCAAAAAAAUUUCACUGUUUCAAAGAAUUAAUAAAUUUUAACCAAUAUUCAAUUUUUCAUUAACUUUUCUAGUACACACUUUUUGAAACAGUGGAUUUUAAUUUUUGAAAAAUUGUUCUAAUUUUCUUCCCGCGUUUGAAGCUGAGGUUUUGGGGAAUAAUGUGGGAAAAUUCUAAUUUUUCACCUCUCAAUUUGGUUUGAAAAAUUCAAUUGUAUGAUUUUUCAAGUUUUUGUACUCCUAAAAAAUUAGCCUAAAUUCUCAGAAAUCUGAAAAUCGAGUUAUUUUCAGCCCCAAAAUUCAGAAAUUUGGAGGUUUUGUGCUCUGAAACAUCAAAAAAAAAUUUUUCAAUCAAAAAAAUCUCACUGUUUCAAAAAAUUAAUGAAUUUUAACCCAAUAUCCAAUUUUUCAUUAAUUUUUUCCCUUGUUGGAUUUUUUGAAACAGUGAAUUUUAAUUUUUGAAAAAUUGUUCAAAUUUUCUUCCCGCGUUUGAAGCUUGAAACGUGAUUUUUUACCUCUGAAUUUGGUUUGAAAAAUUCAAUUUUAUGAUUUUUCAAGUUUUCCCAAUAUUCAAUUUUUCAUUAACAUGUUCCUUUCUUGAUUUUUGAAACAGUGAAUUUUAAUUUUUGAAAAAUUGGAUUUUUGAAGCUUGAAAAUUAUUUUGCAACUCGAAAGUUUGUAGAAUUUUUGAAACGGUGAUUUUUUGAAAGGUAGGAAAGUUUCAUAAAAUUUGAAAAAAUUCUGAAUUUUUCCCGUGAAAGAUACGUUUCUCAAAUUUAUUAUCAUAAAAUUGUUUCUCUACAAUUUUGUUUUGGCUAUGAUAAUCAUAAAUAAAUAAUCAUUACAAUCGAUUUUUUAGGACCCGCAAAAUCAAGCGGCUGGGCUCGAAAAAUUCAAGAAAUUGGAGAUAUCUAUGGACAACCGAUUGAAAUCAGUCGACUUCAUCCCGAAGAUUUCGCCUUCCAUCAAGCCGAAUGCGAACAAGCUGAUUUGAGACAAGGAAACACGAAACCGUCGGUUGCCACGUUGAGAGGACAUCAAACACCUGCCGCAUUCUUGCAAAUGGUGAGUGAUUUUUGGGAUGGGCAGGGUUGGGGAUGAAAAUGAGGGGAAAUUUGGGAUUUUUCGGAGAAUUUGGAGCAUUUUGAUAGUAAAUCUGUGAAAUAAUGUCAAUAAUUAUGAAAAAUUCAUUAAGAAAUUUUAUGGAAGUGAGUCAGUUAAUUUUUUUAAAUCUAAAUUUCAUAUUUUUUGUGAUUAUCUCAAGAAAAAAUUUUAGAAAUUUUUCACUGUUUCAAAAAAUGUUGAAGUCAGAUAAUUUUCGCUAAUGCACAAUUUUACGACCUUUUUCGAGAAUUAUCAAAAAAUGCUCAAUUCCACGUGGAUUUUUGACGGAAUUUCGAAUUUUGAUACUAAAUUUGGGAUUUUCUAGGUUUUUGUCGAAUUUUUUUCGAAAUUUGAUGUUAUUAUAUGUACUAGCCGGGGAACAAUAAAGAAUAUUUUAUUAAUUCAAAAAUUUAUGAGAUUUUUGAAACAGUGAAAUUUUUUUGUUCAAAAAAUCUGAAUUUUCUAGCGGCAAAAAUUUUAUUUGAAAUUUUUCACUGUUUCAAAAAAUUGAUGAAUUAUUGAAGUUUAGUGAAUUUCUCUGAUAAAUUUCCUUAAUUUUCGAUGAAUUUUCCCAGAUAUUUUUGAAAACAAAAUACUGUUUCAAAUAUUUGAUGAAUUUCGAAAAAUAUUAUUUUUGCUCACUAGCGAAAUUGAGUUUUUUCCAAGUUUUGUCAAAAAUUCAUUCAAAAAUCCAAAUUUUUGCAGGCUUCUCGAAUCGACGAACACGGCACAGAUUCACAAAGCCCACUAAAAUAUUCGCACAUCGACAUGGGUGGAUGUUCUGGUGAUCAUCCAUCAGUCUCAACACCAAAUCCAUUAGUCACCCUUGUCGCCGGACUCAUUUUGCCACGUGUCUAA